AAAUGGCCGCCAUCAACGUGAUGAGAAAUGUGGCUAUCAAAGGCCUGGAAAAGCAGUUUGCUAUGAGUGGAGUUGCAGUUCGAUGGCUAAAUCUCCAGGAAUACCAAAGCAAGAAAUUAAUGGCAGAUCAUGGCAUCACUGUUCAGAAGUUUAAAGUAGCUGAAAACGGAAACAGUGCGUUAGAAAUUGCCAAAAGUCUCAAUGUUAGAGAAUUUGUCAUCAAGGCACAAAUCCUCGCAGGUGGAAGAGGGAAGGGCGUCUUCUCAAAUGGCUUCAAAGGUGGUGUCCACUUAACUAAAGAUCCAAACAAGGUGAAAGAUCUUGUUGACAGCAUGGUGGGCCACAACCUGGUUACUAAGCAAACAACAAAAACGGGGGUAAAAGUCUCAAAGGUAAUGGUGGCUGAGGCACUAGAUAUUGAACGAGAGACCUAUUUUGCGAUAUUGAUGGAUCGAAAGCACAUGGGACCAGUAAUGGUGGGCAGCACUUCUGGGGGCAUGGACAUAGAGGAAGUGGCUGCAACAAACCCUGAUGCAAUUAUCACCGAGCCAAUUGACAUUAUGACAGGAAUCUCCGAGGACCAAGUCCAAAUGGCCAAAGGGUUAGGAUUUACAGGCAGUAAGCAAGCUGAGGCUGCAGAACAGAUAAAGCGUUUGUACAAGCUAUUCAUUGAUGUGGAUGCAACACAAGUAGAAAUCAAUCCAUUUGGAGAAACUGAUGAUGGCAGAGUGGUAUGUUUUGAUGCAAAAAUUAAUUUCGAUGACAAUGCAGAGUUUCGGCAGAAGGAAAUAUUUUCCUUGGAUGAUAUGUCAGAAAGUGACCCCAGAGAGGUUGAAGCUUCCAGGUCAAACCUUAACUAUAUUGGAAUGGAUGGAAACAUUGGAUGUUUAGUAAACGGUGCUGGGUUGGCUAUGGCAACUAUGGACAUCAUAAAACUUCAUGGUGGGGUGCCGGCUAACUUUCUGGAUGUUGGUGGUGCUGUCACAGAAAAACAAGUAGUGAGCGCUUUCAAAUUGCUGACCUCAGAUAACCAGGUGAAGUCUAUUUUGGUUAACAUAUUUGGAGGAAUUGUUAAUUGUGCUACAAUUGCCAAUGGAAUUACCAAUGCAUGCCGAACUAUCAACCUGUCAAUUCCACUUGUGGUUCGUUUAGAAGGAACAAACGUGGAUGAAGCAAAGAAGAUCUUGGAGGAGUCUAGUCUGCCAAUCCAGUCUGCGACAGAUCUAGAUGAUGCAGCCAUCAAAGCUGUUGCCAGUCUGAGAUGAUGAUAUGCCGUGUACCUCAAAUUAUCUGUGUCAGAAAUAGGUUAAGUGUCAAAUGUUCCCAAUCAAGAUGCAAAUUCUGAUCUCUCAUAUAAUUAGUCAUGUCUCUACAUAAAAUUAUGUAAAUUGCCUAACUCCCAGAUUUUGGACCGAUUUUACAAAGCAAUUACUGACUUCUGCAUCAAUUUGAUAUACAGUUUUGGGCGUAAUUUUUUGGUAAUACCAAUUAUAACUUUGCCCACCUCAUAAAUGUAUUUAGACAAGUGUAUCAGAAAUUAAAUUUCCAGUACCAAAAAGCGUUGUGACGAGGUUUAAAAUAUUGACUUGACUGUGUGGAAUUGGCCCAUAAAACUCUCAGUGGUUUAUGACAGCAAAUUGAGUGAUUAGGAUCAAGCCUAAAUCUAGUUUAUCACCACAACCACAAACCAGUUCAACCAUCUUUGAUUACUGUAUACACAACCAGUUGGAAACUGAUUCCUGAACUAAUGAUGUCAGGAUGCAAAUAAGGGUCAGGUGGGAUGAACCACAGGCAAGGUCCAAAACUUCUUGUUUCAUUGAACCAAAACCAGGUGCAUAUCUUUCAUGUUGUACGAAACAUGGUGUAUGAAAAGUGGAAAUCUUUUUAAAGAUGGUGAUCUAAAAGUGGUUGCACUGCAAAGAACUAUUCUAGAUUUAUAUAUUGGGUGCAAGUAUACACAAACAUGUACAUAUGUAUGGGUAUUUACAUGUAGAUUGUUGUACUUAAAUGUUUUUUGAGGCUGAAAUGACAGAUGCCAAUCUCGCCUUUCCCUAGCUCUACGUCACUUACAAGGUUAAGUUUCAUUUGUCUCCCAUAGUCCCACUGCAUAGAAUUCUGGCUCAAGGUGACGUUGAAUACACCCUCAACUAUAAUCUGGCAACUAAUAUCAGUUUGCAUUAUAACGUUGUAAGUCUGACAGUUUGUAUAUGUGAAGGUUAUAUGCUCGAACAACUGAAAAUAUUUGAUUUAUUUUCUUCAUGGUUUAUGAUUUGCUUAACUUAACCAAAGUACCAUUUUGUAAAAUUUAAGUUAAGUAGAAUACAAUGACAUACAUAUAAUUGUGAUGGUAUAGACUUAGUACAACUAAGCAGUCUUGGGCUUUAUUUACCUGUGAUAAUUUCACUACUCUGUCUUCUUAUUAGAGCGAUUAAACAUGGCACAGGUUAAAUAGACAAUGAAGGCAAAGGCAUUAAAUGGGAACCAGAAAAAAAAAAGGUGAAUCUGUUAAGAUUUACUGGGAUAUGAUUAUCAUAGUCAAUAUUUAUAUUCAGAGCUCCCAAUUCCUCUGCUGGUGUUUUUCCCAGCUGAUGCCAACAUACAAAAUGUGUCUCAUAGAAUGUAUGUAUAUUCAUUAGGAAUGGUCAUUUACACAGGUGAAUUAUUUUGUGUGCCUACAUACUCUUCUGGAAGAGAAAAUACACUAAAUAACCUCAAUAAAAUAUGCUAUUCUGAUAUAAAAUUUUGUUGUUGAAAUACAACAGUUAAGAGCCCGCUUUGUUUUGCUCACAAACUCCUCUCCCUAUGGUAUAUUACUGCAAUGACUGUGUAUUUUUUUCUUAAAUAGAACGAAGAUAGCAACCUGGCUAUCCUAGUCUUUGGGUCCUUGGAACUGAUUGAGAUAACAAGUCAAGGCAAAGUUGCGAAAUAUAGUUAACCACAUCACUUAUUCCUACAUGGCUUAUACCGUAGGGAACUACACGUGUACAUAAACAACUGCAAAAAUAAGUAAAAACUAGUUCUAAUAUUGUCAUUAUUUUCAAAUAGUUCUCUUAAAUCAUACAACCUAAGGUCAAAAGAUUUGACAUGUUCGCCAGAAGGCAUAAUUGAGUGUUAAAUAGAUUUAAAGGUUGUGGGUUUCCUCUGGGCACAGCCCGGUUUCCUUCCGCCAUAAAGUUGGUCGCCGUCGUGUAAGUUAAGUAUUCUUGAGUACGGCUUAAAACAUCAAUCAAAUAAAUUUGGAAUGAGUGUUUAAUGGUGUUUAAUGACAUUAAACCGUGUAACGACCCCCUUUCACAUGGGAAACAAAAUAUGCACCAAUUUUCAUGAACGGUUAUUGUUUGAGCUAUCGUAAAUUGAAUGAGAGGAGGAAAUAUUAUUGGAUAUAGCAUCUUGAGAUCUUGAUAUGGCUGUUCCCUCCACAUCUUCAAAGGGAAUAUAUCACAGACAUUAAUUUAAGUAGGUAAGUAUGUAAAGGUACACAAAUUGUAUCACGUUAUGCCUACAUAUACCCUAUGUCCAUCUAGUAUCACAUACAGUUGUAAAAUGUUCAAAAUAUCACGUGUAAACAAAAUGGUAGGACGAAAAUACUCAUGCCAAAUGUAGGUCAAAUGCCCAGAAAUGAAAAAGUUGAUGUUUUAAAACGUGCAUGCGGGAAAAUGAUUAAUCCAAGUUAAUUAAAUGGAUAUAAAACAGAGUACGCUAAGAAUGAUCCAAUGUGAAGCACAGGAAAUUCCCAGAGCUGUAGUCACGAUGCAGGAAUAUCUCCCUUCGAUGUUAGCUCUCCAAAACCUGCUUUAUGCGGCUAAUCUGCAACAGAGAUACGUACAUGGAUGUGUCUUAAUAUUGCUCACGUGGGAAACUAAGACGGGUUAUGUUCACCAGUCAAGGCACAUUUCUGUACAUUGACGUUUACACAAUACAUCAAAGGGAUCCACCGACAACGUUUGUCUGAGACGUAUAGACUUUUAAAUAUAUAGUAUAAAUAAAACGUACAUCAUGGAGAGGAAAAAUAAGAGCAGCAACGACAGUGUGAUAGCUGGCAAAUGAUCACACGUAACCAGUGAAAUACGGCCACUUGUCAAGUUACAUAGCUAAAAAUAGUAGCAAAUUAUACUCCCCCUAGCACAACGGCUUAAGCAGAAUUAGGGGGAAAAA